AUCCCUGAAUCAAUUAUUCAUUGUAGCGGGAUUAGAAAUUCAAUUUAUUAGUGUUUCCAAUUUCUUUUUUUUUUGUUUUUUUUGUGAAGUUCAGGGAUGAAACGUUCAUGCAGCAAAUGCAAGAAAACAUUAGAGUGUUCUAGCUUUGUCUGUGUAUUUUUUUUUCCCAGACAGGCAUUAUAGUUGGCCGCAGCAGGAGCCCUCAGCCAGGCAUAACAAAGUUCAUUUUAAUAACACCACAGGUGGCAGGGAAGGCUUUAAUCUUGGUCUCUGCUUCUUGUGUUUGAACCCUCAUAAUAUUCUGCAUGUGCUCCCCUCCUGAUAUGCCACUCAGUUAUAUGCUGCUACAAGUAAAAUCACAGCAAUCAGUUACAGUUUUUUUUUUUUUUUCGUUUUUUCUUUCCAGAGUCGGUCGAACAUCUUACACCGACAUAAACUUUGCUGAGCUUGUGUCUGAAAUCUUAUUUCUUUCUUCAGUCCCGUUUCUUCUGUUGUCAUUUUAUAUGAAAUAAAAUAUUAUUUUAUCAAAUCUGUCAAAUAAAAAAGAAUCCAAUUUCUUUUUCGCAGACAAUCCCGUCUUUUAUGCACUAUUUGAACAGACUUUUCUGUGAAAGUAUUAAGUCACAACGUUAUUUGUGAAGGUGUUCAUACCCACUAAACAUUUCACUUUACAGCUAAAAACAUUUAGUCUAAUUUUAUAUGUUAUGCUCACUUAAUGCCCUUUCUCUGAAAUGAUAUUUUCUUCCACAGAAUCUCAUUUACACUCUCAACACUUUGACAUGAUUCUGCCACCAUAGAAGAUCACAGGUUAGAUGCUGCAACAGCAUCUCUUAAGCUAAUUGCCUUAACUUGUGCAAGUUAAGACUUGUGGUAUUCAUGGGAGUUAAGGACCACAGUCGUCUGUGAUGAGCUAAAGACUGUAAAUACUUGAGACUCUCUCUAAAAAUGGUUUUGGGGAUGCAGCCGAUCAACGCCGAUCAACUCUUGGACUGACUGCUUUGCCAAUGCUCGCCAGUAGCUUUGUCAAGUAGCAUUGCGCCUCCCACGUUGCAUUUUUUCCACUGAAAAUUUGAUGUGCUCUAUCAGAAACAUCUGUGACUAGACGAAACGUCCAAGAAAGUUUGGAGCUACGUUCUACCGGUCCAUUGUACGAUUCAUUGACCAUCCAUGUGUAUCACUUAUGGUUUUAUUGUCACUGAUGAAAGCAUUUAAACAGCUCUCUGUGAUGGUCACAGGGUUUCUCUGCCGCUGUGCCAGAGUUCCUCUGUUUGGAAAUUAUGAAUCCCGCUGAACAACAGACAUUUCAAAUAUAAAUGCCCUCCUCAUCUUUUAUUUGAAGCGGAUAUAAAGACAACAUGCACUUCCCUUUCAUUUCACAAUCAUGUGUUUCCUUGUGUUGUUGAUAUUGGCUGGAGGAAGUCGGUGCAUCUUUCAGUGGAGGUGUCCUCUCCUUUAUGCCCUGACAUUAUUACCAUUUAAAUGCAAAGAUAUAAGUUUUUGUAGCUGUUUUGAAAGUUGAUUAUCAGAUAACACCGCCUACUGCUCGUGUUUGUCGUUGCUAAGCAGGACAUUAUUUCUGUAAAUGCAUGACAUUCUUGGUUCCAGAGUGAAGAAAUGAUGGUCAUUUCCACACAAUGAGAAAAAGAAACAUUUUAUUGAUAUGCACUCUGGUUAUAUAAGUUGGUAAUAACAACCCUCUUGUCUAAAGAGUCAAUGUGUUGAAAUGUCUUUAAAAGAAAUCUAGCUGCUGUCCAUAAUUCACUCUUUCUUUGUGUGUGUUUCAGCAAACCCCCUGCUCAUGAACUCAUCCAUGCAGCCGGAUCUCACAGUGUCCCGUACAUAUACCAGCCCCAUAUGUUUCCAGGACUCCAUUGACAAGGAGUUAAUGGCCGAGCACUCACUCCUCGACCCGCUGCCCGAUCUGAAGGCGAAAGGGGCGACAGAAAGGGCAGAGUACCACGUCAUGUCCCACCCUCAGACAUUUCCACGGGGUUUGGCUCCAGACUACAGAGGGGUUGCAGUAGGGACAACGCUGGGCAGGAGAGGCAAAAACCUUUUCACUCCGCGGGUCUUUCAGACGCUCAGCAGGCCUCUGCACAAAGCAACGGCGGUGUUUGGCCAUGCUGGAGGCAGGCUGGUGGUGCCCAACACAGGUAUCAGUCUGCUGGUGCCUCACGGGGGGAUCGCGGAAGACACUACCUGGGAAAUGUACAUGAGCAUCAACCAGGAGGACAGCAGCACUGUGCCGGAGGACGGGGCAGAGAUCUUUUUGAGUCCUGCCGUCACAUACGGCCCGCCAGGCCUCGACCUGUCCUGUCCAGUAGCCAUGACUAUAGCACACUGUGCAGAAGUUGCUGCUGACAACUGGACCAUCAGGUUAAAGAGACAAAUCCAGGACAAGUGGGAGGAAGUGAUGUCAGUGGAUGAGGAGAGCACGUCCUGCUACUGUCUGCUGGAGGCCCAGAGGUGCCAUGUGCUGUUGGAGCAGCCGGGUCGUUACGCGCUGGUCGGGGAGGCGCUGAACCAGGAGGCUGCCAAGCGACUGCGGCUAGCCGUCUUUGGCAGCCCAGACCUGAGCAACUCGCUGGGCUUCACCCUCAGGGUGUACUGUGUGGACGACACUCCCUACGCUUUCCAGGAGGUGGUGGUGGGGGAGCGCAGCAGGGGCGGGCGGCUCCUCGAAGAACCCAAAAUUCUGCUGUUCAAGGGGAACACGUUCAGCCUCCAGGUGUCCAUCCAGGACGUCCCGCGGUUACUCUGGAGCAUCAAGCCUUUCACCACCUGCCAGGAGUUCUCCUUUUCUCAGGUGUGGGCCAGUAACCGGUGUCCCCUGCAGUGUGCCUUCUCUCUGGAGCGCUACAGCCUCUCCUCGUCUCAGCUGUCCUGCAAGAUCAGCGUGCGGCAGGUCACAGGAGAGGAGCAGAUACUCCAGAUCUACACGUCUGUCGUGGAGAACGAAAAAGGAGCGGUUCCCUUUUUCACGCAGUCCGACUGCACCAUCACCUCUCAGACAGGAUCGAAGGCCUUCAAAAUCCCCCCGUCCAUCCGGCAGCGGAUCAGCGCCACCUUUGACACGGCCAACGCCAACGGGAAGGACUGGCAGCUGCUGGCUCAGAAGCUCCACAUAGACAGGAACCUGGGCUACUUUGCAUGCCAGGAGAGCCCGUCGUCGGUGAUUCUGAGCCUGUGGGAAGCGCAGCACCAGGACCCCGGGGACCUGGACUCUCUGGCCAGCGCCCUUGAAGAAAUCGGAAAGGUCCAGUCCCCCCGGGAGGCCGGCGCUCUCGGCUGCAGCAACGAAGACUCUGAGCUGACGAGACUCGGGUAGGGGAAAGGGUUUCUGGCGCAGUCCGAAUCCCGACAGACCUUUACUGCAUGAACGCCAACGAUCGGGUGUGCCGACAUACCCGCCGAGAGGAGGAGACUGUUACUAAAGGAACACCUCUGAUAAACCAAAUGGUCCACACAAGACACGAUGAAGUCGAGGACAGAUCGAGCGUUUGUGUUACGAGAGGUACCGAUGCGUUUUGGGGAAAGGUCGUCAGCGAGGUGAACCACCUUACGACGGAGAAACGCCCCCAAAUAAAACCUCCGAAGCUCAAUCCAGCCGCUCGUAGUUUCUGAUUUUAGACGUACGUGUGAAGGGUUUCCUUCAACCAGGACGGAGUCGUUUUCAAACGCACCCUUUCAGAACCAGACGUAAUCAAAUAAUCCAAGUGGCCGGAACAACAAAAAAAGAUAUCCUUACAGUAUUUUCUCAUUCAUUUUAUAGAUUUCUAAUGAAACUUAUUUUCUUCAGUGUAAAUUCAAUGUCUCUGUAGUUUUGAUUUAAACAGGAAGAAAGAUAUAAAGCUUUUUUUUCCCCUCUCCAUUCCAUAAGGUCAUAGACACUAACAGUGAUUAGUAUCUAAAAGGAUACUCGUCCACUUGCUGAGACAAUAAUGGACGGAUGAAUCACGCUGAUAGCUGUAAUUUUAAGAAUGAGCCACAAGCAUACAGGAGGAUUUUUCAACCGGCGGCAGACGGAGAAAAAUAUCAAAGCAGAGGCUGCAGAGGAGGAACGAGCUGAUCUGUGCCUCAUCUGGAAAAGCAGCCAGAGGUGAACCACUUACCCCCCAAAACCCACUGCACACACACACACACACACACACGCACACACACACACACACACAUCAACCCAACCCACCCUGUGAGUUCAAGUAAUCAGCGUCUGGUUAAUUUGGAGGAAAUUUAAUGUGUGACAUGUGACUUCAUCCCACACAGCCUUCAUGUUUCUGGCACCAGUGAAGUGGGGUGUAUUUCCAAGAUCCCCGGGGCUUUUUUUUCUUCUUCUUCUUCUUCUUCUCCUCCUGCUAUAGGUUGAGUUCAAAUUUGGAUUUUUGAUGUGCGGUCAGAGCGGAGUCUCCUGCAGCCGGAGUUUGUCAAUUACCACUGCAUCAUCGUCAGCCUCACCAGCAGCAAUCUUCUGCUGACUCAGCUUUAAAAAAAAAAAAAAAAAGUCCCUGCAAUCAGAGGCUCCUUAGAUUAAUAAUAAAGUGACUUUGUGUUCAACUCGGUGUUGGGACUCGCUUUCCAUCUGCUUAACUCAUUUACCUCUUGAAGACCAGGCGGCCCACAUUACGGCGUGAUGAAGGAAUCUGGUGUUCAAAUAAAAGAUGAAACUGAGACCCCUGACAUCCCCCCUUCUAAUGAUUUUAUAUGGAAUUGGGUUUUAGAUUUGUGAAAAAAAGUAUAUACAGAACCUAUUGGUGCUGUGGAAGAAGCCUUAAAAUAAAUGCAACUUUUAUUUCAGUGCCAUAAUCUUAUGUUGAGAAUGUAAUUUGAGUGCAUUUACUAUGGAGAAAUAAUAGUUUAUCCUUUCCUUUCACAAAACAAACAAGUUAUAAACAGCUAUGAUGCCAGUACUCGUUUCAUAAUUAUCAUAUAAUUAUUGUCCUUUAGAAUGACCUAAUGUUCAGUCACUUUUCUACCCAGAAUCCACCUGGUUCACCCAAAGCAUAACAGAUCCUCCACCGUGUCCCACGUUGAUGAUUAUUUAAAGGAGAAAAGCUCAAUUUUUACCAAACAUGGUUCCAAUUAGAAACUCGCCACACUUUAGUAAGCACAUGUUUAUGUUUGUGUUGGUAGGACAGAAAUGUUUUUUCUAUCUUAUGUGUCCAAUAGUUGCUACGGAGAUCCCAGGAGAUUAGUCUGUGCUGCAGUUUUCGUAACAAAAAGCUUUAUAGUGUUUUUUUGUUUUUGUUUUUCUUCAUUACUGUAUGUGGAAACAAGAUAAUUAUCCUACAUAAAGGCCAGUGGCAAAAAAAACACAGCCUCUGUGGUUCAUGGUGUUUAUACAGCAUGAAGUCAUGAAUUACUUAUUAAAAGUUCCCAGGCACACAGUGGUCAGCUUAAACAGGAUAUUAUACCUUAAAAUAAGUAGAACAUUUUUUUUGUUACUUUAUUAAAUAAAUGGCUGAAUUUUUCUAAAUUUAAUUGAAGAUUUUGCCACUGCUAUGAAAGGUGAAUUUGCUUUCAGGUUUUUUUUUUUUUUUUUUUUUUGACCCAUCUUCACCA